AUGAUGUCCGCAUGUGUAGACACAUGUAUCCGCCAGAUGAUGGACGAAAGCUCAGCAAGGAUUCGUCGGGAUCGCAGGACGGUGCGCCUAGGACCUAUUCGCACAAAUCUACAGCCACAGCUUCAAGGCAACCCCCCCACAGCCUCCGGUGGAACCAAUUUACGAAUCCCUUUCACUCGCCUCUUCAAAUGUAAUGAAAGGUACUCCAACAUGAAUCUAUUAGAGGAUUCUUCGAAACCCAGUUUUUCUACAGAUCCAAUUUUUGUCGUCUUGAUUCUUCAUACCUUCGCUUAA